GCCCCGCUUCCUCCGAGGCUGCCUGGCUCAGUUCCCACGGGGCUCCCGGUGCGGGGCUGGCACGGCGUACGGCGCCAGAGGCGCAGGUGGAGGAAGUGGCCCGUCGUCUGGACCUCCAAGUCAAGCUCGCCCUCCUCCUGGGCUCGCUUUGAACCUGCGCUCCUACGUAGCCUUCCGUUCUUCGCAGCCACCGCGGUUGCGUGCUACUCUAGAGUAGGCGGGGCUUGUCCAGAGCCCCUUCUUCAAGCGCCUUGCGACCUGGAGAGAGAGCGACAGGACUCCGUUUAUUGAUUUUAUGUAUUAUUUAAAGCAUUUUUACACCGCUCUUUGAUUAAAGAGGCGCCCAGGGCGGCUUACAAAGAUCAGUGUAUAAGCAGGAAUUGUGAAGGGUAGGCUGGAAGGGGAACUGGAUCCCUGUAAGCAGCAUCGCCAGCAGCAGGGAAUGAUGGGAACUACAGUCCACCAACGCCUGGAGGACCACAUGUCCACUCUCCAUAGGCAAGGGACACCCUUUCCUGGCAUGGACAGUGCUCUUAUAGGGAUCCCGUUGCUUUCUUCAGCCUGGAGGUUUCAGUUGAAGCCUGGCUCAGGUUGUGGGGCGGCACAGAAAUGGAAUUAAACAAACAAACAAACAAGAAAAGAUCUGCUGGGACAGGCCAAAGGGUGACCUUGUCCAGUAUCCUGUUGCCUACGUGGCCCACUUGAUGCCUCUGGGAAGCAUACAAGCAGAGCCUGAAAGCUAUCAUCUUUUUCCUGCUGUUCCUUAGAGACUGAUAUUCAGAGGCAUGUUACAUCUGAUCCAGGAGCUAGGGAAAGACAAAUUCCAUAAAUCGCAACACUGGAGUUAUUGCAAUAAGGUUUCUAUGUUGGUGGGCGAAGACAAGCCCGGAAUAGGAGGUGAACCUUUGCUUGGACAAAAGCUGAAACCGAAGUAUAGUGUUUUUCCUAGAGGUGUUGGGUGUGAUGCACCUUCCUGGAUAGCAUUUGAUAAACAGGUAUUGUCAUUUGAUGCUUAUUUUGAUGAAGAAGUUCCUGACAAAAAUCAAGAGCUGUAUAGAAUAAGACACUGUAAAAUAUAUUUCUAUCUGGAAGAUGACACAAUUCAGGUAGUUGAACCCCAGGUGAAGAAUAGUGGAAUUCCACAAGGAACUCUUCUUCGGCGUCAUCGGAUUCCACUUCCGCCUCCUAAUGAAGAUCAGUUCUAUACUAUAGAUUAUUUCAACCUCGACACAGAUAUCAUCUUUUAUGGUCAACGAUAUAAGAUUAUAGAUUGUGACCAAUUCACCAAAAAUUUUUUGAGGAAGAUGGGAGUUCGAAUAAAUCCUUCAGUUAAUCGUCCAGAUGAUCCCUAUACCAAAGAACGUCAAAAGUUGAUAGAUGAUAUGAAGCCGUUGCGUCCAUAUGAGCGCUUUGACACACUUAAGCAGUUUCUGGAGCAUGAUGGGCAUGUUUUACGCUUUUAUGGCAUUUGGGAUGACACAGAAACAAUGUUUGGGGAUGUUCGAGAAGUGGUGCUACAUUAUUUUCUGGCUGAUGACACCAUUGAAGUCAAAGAAGUGAUACCAGUGAAUUCAGGUCGGGAUGCUGUACCUCUGUUUCUCAAUAGGCAGAAGCUACCAAAGUAUGCUCCAGUGGGACUGUACCAGCCUGGAACCAUCACAGAUAGGACAGUGCUGAAUGUAUUUGGAGGUCUAGUGGGGAAUAAAGGACGUUACAUUCUGGACAAUCGUAAGACAGGAGCUGUACAUCAGGAAUUUUAUAAAGACUGUGACCUGAGAAUAGGGUCAGCAAUCAAUGUUUGGGGAAGAAAGGUAGUUCUCUGCGAUUGUGAUGAAUUUACCAAAGAAUAUUAUAAGACAAAGUAUGGAGUCAAGGACUUUACUCCAAUUCCAUACAAAGCUCCACCUAUUCCAAAAGUAGAAAGAGUGAUUCCUCCAUACCAUGGUUUUGGCUCUGAGGAGGACUCUCUUUGCUCUUGCAUGGGUUUACUUCCCAAACCACCCCAGAAAGACUUCAAGAAAUUCAUGGCAAAAGACAGACAAGGCCUCGAAAGUAAUAUAUUGCGGUUUCUUGCACAACUUAUUACUACUGAUCCUGUUGACAAGGAUCGGAAGUUCAUUAUUUCUUUUUUUCUGAGUGAUGACACCAUUGCUGUUUUUGAACCUCCCCAGAGAAAUACAGGGGUAAUUGGUGGGAAAUUCCUGGAAAGAAGUCGUAUUAAGAAGCCUGGGCAGGAGCUCUAUAAGAGCAAACUGUCUGAAUACUACACAGCUGAGGAUCUGUAUGUUGGAGCCAAAGUGUGUUUCCAUGGCCACAUCUUUCUUUUGGUGGAUGCUGAUGAGUAUGCUUUCAACUACAUGGAGAAGCAUGCAAAUGAGUUUGCAAUGGCCAAUAUCAACAUAAUUUUGAACAAACUGAAAGCAAUAGGAGAACCUCGGUCAAGAGAAAUUAAGCAGAUUUUUGCAGCUACAGAUCCUCAGCACACCUUCAUUAUUGAUUAUGAUGAAUUCAGAAAUGUUAUGUUGAAUAUCUCAGAUGGAAAAUUAUCAGAACAUGAAAUUAUGACCAUUGGGCGAUAUUACAGUGCAAGAGAUGAGAAUGAGAUGGAUGCCACCUUCCUUCUAGCAGUAUCCCAGGAACAACUGAAGAAGAGUAACUUUGAGAAUUUUGGCCAGCUCUUUGCUGCCUUGGCCUACAACGACCGGGAGAAGUGUGGAUUGCUGUCCAGUAACACAUGCAGGACCAUUUGCAAGUCCUUCAGGAUACCAUUAGCAGAUGACCUUCUGCGAGCACUACUGGCAGCGUGUGAAGAUUGUAAAGAACAAAUAAAUUAUAAGAAGUUCGUUGAUGGUCUGAACUGGAGAGAGCAUCCAAUUCCAGCUUUUCAAAACAUUUUGAUACCUCUACAGUAUGAAGACGAAUGGACUGGGCAGCCACCCACCCUUCCAGUGAAAAAAAUCAAAUACCUACCACUAAUAGAGGAUGUCUUUGGCAUCAAAGAUUAGCAUAGACCACACAUUGCACCUCUUAUGAAUAAAAGUUGUGAUUUCCUUUCUCUGGAGCAUUGCUGUACAUUUUGAUUUAAACAAAAUAAAAGAAUCAUAGUUAUAGAUUUUUUGGGGGAAUGUAAGUUUUAUUUUUUACUUCAAUGUAUAUGCUCUUAUUUCAUUCAUAUGCUUUUUGUAAUUCUUUCAGACUCCAAUAGACUGUACUGUAAUGCAAUAUCACAAUUAAAAUAAUUUAAAUGUACCUUUAUCCUCAGUUGUUAUAUGUGGAAAGGACACUAGUUUCCAUCAGUUUUAGCUAAGGAUUUUACUCCUGUCCUCCAAUGUAAUCAGACUCUAUAACAUGCUCUUUUCAUUGUGCUGGAUGAGGCUAGUUCAGUUGCUAGUUCAGAUGCUGACAGGUCACUUGGUUUCUGAAGCCUUGCAGAGAAGGGGAAAUCUGACCAUUCAUUGCUCUUAAAAGUCACAGAAAACUGCAGUCCUUGGGUUUGGGAAGACUUUAAAAUUAAUAAUUUUGAUCACAGCUCAUCUUACAUGCACUCACACGCACAUGUGCACGGAUGCGUGCGCACACACACAUACAGAAUUAUAUACCAUAUGAAGAAGUCGACUUCCUGAAAGACUUGCGGAAAAAUCUGUGUAAAGGUUAACUUCCAAGCUUCUUUGAUAACUAUAUUGGAAGGACCAUCUUUCUUCAAAGUUACCAACAAAGUCAAUUGUAACAAGUAACAAAGAAGAAUAAAUAGAAACUUGCACACCAAGAAGAAGAAGCUAGAAACCUUCCCCUUGUUCUAUAUGAGCAGGGAGGGUUACAAGUGGAAGACAAAGUUGGCUGUGAUGCAUGUAAAAUUCCAUGAACAAGAUAGGGUGACCCUAAAAGUCUAAUUUAGAAGAAACCAAAUGGCCCGGAAUUGCUUGGUGUUUCUUUUUGUCUUGCUUUGUCUCCCUCUGAUUUCUUGUAUCUGCUCCCUUUAGGGCACUGUUUUAUUCAUUGCUGUUGUUUUGUCAACAUGGAAUUUUAUUUUUAAAUAGUUACAAAGAAUGACCACAUCUAACAAGAUAAUAAGAGACAGUUUUUAUAAUGGGUAGGAUAAAUCAGCCUAAGGAUAUGUAUCCGUCACCAAUGGGUGGGUUUGCAUGUGUAAGUUAUCUAGUGAAACCAUAGUCAGAAAAAUAUGUAUUCAUCUGUGUUUGGCUGGAAUGUGAUGAGAAAUUUGAAGGGCUUCUAAACAGGAAAUAAAUAGAAACCAUCA